CGCAGCGAUGGCGGCGCGGCGGUGACGUCACGCAGCGAUGGCGGCGCCGCGGGUGUCGCUGGGGGCGCUGAAGGAGCCGCUGGGGCUGAGCCGCGGCCUGCAGUGGUUUUUCUCCAUCUUCGCUUUCGCCACCUGCGGCGGCUUCGAGGGCUCCGUCACCUUCAGCCUCAGCUGCCCGGGGCUGGAGAACGGCUCCGUCAGCGCCGACUUCGGCUACCCCUUCCGGCUGAACCAGGCGGUGUUCCGGCCCUCGCUGACUCACCUGUGCAACCACACCUGGCCCAGGGACGUUCACCUGCGCGGCGACUUCUCGGGCGCCGCCCGCGCCUUCGUGGGCGUGGCCGUGGCCGCCUUCCUCUACAGCCUGGGCGCGCUGGGCACCUACCUGGGCUACCUGCACCUGUACAGGUGUGCGGGGUCCCGCCUGCCCACCCUGGGGGGAAAUCGAAUGGGGAAACUGAGGCACGGCCGGGAAAAGGUGAAUUUAGGGGGGAAAUCGAGCAGGGAAACUGAGGCACGGCCCCCCCCGCCACCCCCAUUUCCCUUCCAGGCCUUCGGCUUCCUCAACCUCCUGCUCUGGGCCGGCGGCUGCUGGUUCGUCUACAAGGAGACGCCGCUGCACCGCCCGGCCCCGCCCCCGUCUGACCCCGCCCCCAUCUGA